AUGUCCUCACAACUCUCACUCAAGGGCUCUACAAGAACAGUUACCGAGUUUUUUGAGUAUAGCAUCAAUUCAAUACUCUACCAACGAGCAGUUUAUCCGCAGGAGGAUUUUAUUACGGUGAGGAAGUUCGAUCUAAACCUAUUGAAAACUCACGACGAUGAGUUGAAGACCUAUAUUAGACAAAUUCUACAGCAAGUGCAUCGCUGGCUAUUGGGAGGUAAAUGCAACAAGUUGGUUCUGUGCAUUUUGGACAAAUCGAGCUGCGAAAUAGUGGAAAGAUGGGAAUUCGACGUCCAGCACACUGAACAUAAGGACGAUGUUCCCAAUGGUAACGCAAAAAAUGAUGAAACUCAAAAGCAAAUACGGACUCUGAUGCGACAAAUCACCGCCAGCGUAACUUUUUUGCCCGAGCUAAAUGACGACGACAACUACACAUUUAACGUGCUUGCAUACACUGACGCAAGCGCCAAGGUCCCGCUCGAGUGGGCAGAUUCAAGCUCAAUGGAUAUAACAGAUGGUGAGAAGGUAGAGUUCAAAAGCUUUUCAACUAAUGACCACAAAAUACGCACGCAAGUAAGUUACAGGAUUAAUCCCGAGUCUUGA